GGCGGGCGAGCGAGCGAGCGAGCGUGCAAGCGCGGGUGAGCUGGCGGACGAGCGACCGAAGUGGGUGGUCGAGCGGGCGAGCGAGCGAGCUGGUGGGUGAACGAGUUGGCGAACGGUCUGGCGAGCGAGCGAGCGAGCGUGCGGUUUGGUGAGUGAGCGGGCGAGGGAGCCGGUGGGUGAGCAAGUUGGCGUGCGGCUUGGUGGGCGAGCGUGGUGGACGAUGGCAGAGGUGGCCGGGGCGAGGAAGGUGAGCUGCUCGUCGGACUCGGUGUCCACCCCCAACUCGGAGGACUUCGUCCUCGUGCCGGGCAGCCCCGCCGCACCACCCUCCGGCAGCGACGGCACGGGCCUCAAGAUCCCGGGCGCCGGCAAUGAGAGCGCCCUGGAGGAGCAGCUGGCGGCCAUGCUGAGCGAUUGCGCCCAGGACGAGGAGGACGAGGAGGAGGCUGACGAUGAUGAGGAGGAGGCGGCGACGAGGGGAGAUCCCGGCUCAGCGGAGGGCGCUGGCGCCGGGGGCCCAGCGACGGGCGAAGGAGCGUCGGUGAUGGCGGAGCGGACGGACGGCGAGAUGCGUGACUCUCAGACGGUGGCCAACAACCCUCGCUGCUCCAAGGAGGGACCCCGCGGGCCGGAUUCGGCGUCGCCGACGUCGGCGCGCGGUGACGAGGACGGCGGCGGCAGCGGCGACGGCGGUGGCGGCGAGCUGCUGGUGUUCCCGCGCGUCACCUACCUGGGCAGCGCCAGCGUGGACGCCCCGCGCAGCGAGCUGGAGGCGCUGCGCGUGGCGGCGAUCCUGCGCCAGCAGUGCCUGGCGCCGCUGGAGGUGGCGCUCGCUGUGCCCACCGCCUCCGGGGGCUCCGUGCGGAUCCUGGAGGCUGACAGCAGUGUGGAGAUUGCCCGCUACCCGGUGCAGCGCAUCCUGUUCUGUGUGCGUGGCCACCGCACCACCCAGGAGAGCGACUGCUUCGGCUUCACCGAGAGCCACAACGCCGCCGACAUCUUCCGCAUCCACGUCUUCCGCUGCCCCGAGCCACACGAGGUGAGCCGUCUGCUGCACGGCUUCGCCGCGGCGUUCGAGGUUUGCGCCCGGCCCACCGGAGCCGGAGCCGGAGCCGGAGCGUCGGGGCCUGGCUCCAGUCCGGCACUCACGGCCUCCACCCCCAACCCCGACCUCUUCACCUUUACCGUCGCCAUGGAGAUCAGGGAGGAUGACGGGAAGGGGAACUUCAGUGCGGUGCCCGUGGACAAGGAGAAGCAGUACUUCAAGUUGCGCUCGGGCGUCGAGAAGAAACUCGUUCUGAACGUGAACCAAGCUUCCAGCCGCGAGCUCACCAUCGAACGGUGUUUUGGCGUCUUUCUUGGCCCUGGGUGUGGAGUUCAACCGGGAGACCUUCACCUCCUCAACAUGGAGUCCAUGGGCAAGAGCUCGGACAGCAAGUCGUACGUGAUCGCCGCCCGCUGGGACCCAACGCUCGCCACCUUCCACGGCCUCAACGACGAGACCGCCAAGGACAAGAUGGCUCACCUGACGGUGGCGGCCGACCUGGUGGUCACCGAGGUGCAGGACCCGGUUCGAUUCCUGUUCGAGGCGCCGGCACGCGUUUUCCCGGCCACGGAGCGGUUCUGGUAUUUCGGCCGACGAGCCUUCACCGACACCUUCCACCUGCACCUGCGUCAGCUGCCCCCACGGGACGAGACGACGCCGGACGAGGCCCGGGCCUGCCCCUACGAGCUGCUUGCCCUGACGAGCGAUUCGGAGCGACAGCGCGCCAGCGCCGCCGCCACGGGAGGGGGGGCCGCCGCCGUGUCGGGGGGGGCGGGGGGGGGCCUGGCGGGAGUGUGGGGGGGCGGCGGAGGGGGGGUCCCGUCGUCCCCGUCGCUCACGCUGUCGGCACGGGGGUCGCAGAGUUCGGCGUUCGCCACCCCCACGGAGGAUGAGGACGACGGAGACAACGACGAGCCCCUGCUGAGUGGCUCGGGCGACGUGUCCCGUGAGUGCGCGCAGAAGCUACUCGAGGCCUGGUCCGACCUGCUCGCCAAGUGGCACGGCAACCCGAGCGUGCGCCCGCGCCAGCUCCCGGCGCUGGUGCGUGGCGGAGUCCCCGAGGCGCUGCGGGGCGACGUGUGGCAGCUGCUCGCCGGUUGCCGUGACGACGACGCCAUGCUUGACAACUACCGCAUGCUCGUCGCCAAGGUGUCUCCGCAGGACUCCGCCAUCACGAGGGACAUCAACCGAACCUUCCCGGCGCACGGAUAUUUCAAGGACAGCGGUGGAGACGGGCAAGAUUCCCUCUACAAAAUCUGCAAGGCCUACUCGAUCUACGACGAGGAGAUCGGCUACUGCCAGGGACAGUCGUUCCUCGCAGCCGUACUGCUCCUGCACAUGCCCGAGGAGCAGGCGUUUGGGGUGCUCGUGAGGAUCAUGUUCGCCUACGGCCUGCGCGACCUCUUCCGGCAAAACUUCGAUGACCUCCACUGCAAGUUCUACCAGCUGGAGAGACUCAUGCAGGAGCACGUGCCCGAGCUGUACGCUCACUUCCUGGGCCUAGGCCUGGAGGCCCACAUGUACGCAUCCCAGUGGUUCCUCACCCUCUUCACCGCCAAGUUCCCCCUCUACAUGGUGUUCCACAUCAUCGACCUCCUCCUCUCGGAGGGUCUCAGCGUCAUCUUCAACGUCGCUCUGGCUCUACUCAAGACGUCCCGGGAGGACCUUCUGCAGGCCGACUUCGAGGGAGCGCUCAAAUUCUUCCGCGUGCAGCUGCCCAAGCGGUACCGCGCCGAGGAGAGCGCGCGGCGCCUCAUGGAGGUCGCCUGCGGGGUCAAGGUGAGCCAGCGGCGGCUGAAGAAGUUUGAGCGAGAAUUCCUCACCAUGAGGGAGCAGAUGGCGCAGGAGGAGGACCCAGUGGAGAGGCUCAAGCGCGAGGGCCGCCGCCUGCAGGAGGCGAACCUGCGGCUGGAGCAGGAGAACGACGACCUGGCGCACGAGCUGGUCACCAGCAAGAUCGCCCUGCGGGGUGACCUCGACAAGGCCGAGGACAAAGUUGACGUGCUCACCAAGGAGCUGCUGCUCACCAAGCAGAGGCUGCUGGAGACGGAGGGGGACAAGAGGAGAAUGGAGGAGGAGGCGGUCAAGCUGAAGGAGCUGUGCCGUCGCGAGAUGGAGAAAGCCGGGCGGGAUAUGAGCAAGAGCAGCUCCAUCAUCGGCGAGUACAAGCAGAUUUGCUCUCAACUCAGCAUACGGCUCGAACAGAAGCAGGCAUCGAGCCGAGCAGAGAUGGACGUUAUAAGGGCCAAGCUGCGGGCCUGCGGCCACUGCUCGGGGGCGUUCCACGAGGACGGGGGCGUGCGGGGGAGUGGCGCCGCCGCGAUGGGCGCGGAGGCCGGGGAGGAGGCGGGGGUGGUGACGAGCGACGGGCCCGCCACAGCGGGGGCCUCCGCCGCCGCCGGUCUCCUGGCGGCCGCGGCCGCGGUGGCGCCGGUGCCGGCGGAGGGAAUCCAGAGCCACCUCCGGGAGAUGGAGCUGGAGUUGGCGCAGACCAAGCUGAAGCUGGUGGAGGCCGAGUGCCGAAUUCAGGACCUGGAGCACGAGCUGAAUGGCGCCCUGAACGAGGUGCAGGCCUCACGGCGCACGUGGCUCAACCGCACACUCAGCUCCCUCAAGACCACCACCACGGGGAGCCAGGCCAAGGAGCCCGUGUGACACCUCACCCCCCUCACCCCCCUCACCACCCUCACCACCCUCACCCCGCCUCACCACCCUCUCCUCCUCACCCCCUCAGCUGCCCUCACCUCCCCGCACCUCUCACCUCUUGGUUCCUCACCAACUCAGCCCCCACAGCCCCCUACACCGCUCACCUCCUCACCUGUCACCCCCUCUCAUCCCUCACCCCCUCACCUGUUACCCCCUCACCUCCUCACGCCCUCACCUCCUCAAUCUUUAGCCCAACAGUCUCCUCACCCCUCACUUUGGACCCUCCAAAUCGGCACUAAACUCACCACGCGGCUCACCACCAGCGGCACAAAACUCACCACGCGGCUCACCACCAGCGGCACUAAACUCACCACGCGGCUCACCACCAGCGGCACUAAACUCACCACGCGGCUCACCACCACCAUCACUAAACUCACCACGCGGCUCACCACCAGCGGCACUAAACUCACCACGCGGCUCA